AAACGCACAAAUCAAUGCGCCCCUGUCUUGUAUCCAACAGCAUACUCAACUAAUUUUCUCCAAAGCCACUCAACCCGCUUAGUUUUUCUCCUUUUUCUUUCCAUUACAAUCGUAGUUGAGCUAACAGCCCAACACAUACUUGUGAAAUAUCUCUCUCAUGGCCAACCCACACUUGCUGUUUGCACUCCUGCUUUUUGUCGUCCUCGCAUGUCCAUCGAAUCAGCAACAACACCAAAAGAAGAUGAACACCAUUGAUCUUACAGCACUGGCAGCCAUAAAGGACAGCCUCACAGAUAUUCCUGGCACAAAUUUCUUCUCCACCUGGGACUUUGCGUCCCCGGAUCCCUGCUCCACAUUCUCUGGUAUCACUUGCUCUCUCAACCGAGUCACUGCUCUCACUCUAGGCACCGGCCUCUCUGACUCACCGGGACUCGCUGGUUCACUCUCCCCCUCCCUCUCCAACCUCACUGAGUUAACCCAACUAGUCCUGUACCAGGGCCUUGUUACUGGCCCCAUCCCUCCCCAACUGGGUGAACUCCGGAACCUGCGGGUCAUCUCCUUAACGAACAACAGGUUAACCGGUCCAGUACCUAGCUCACUAUCAUCGCUCCUCAAUUUGCAUACACUCGAUCUGAGUUACAACCAACUCACCGGGUCAAUACCACCUGGUCUUUUCACAGGUCUAAGAGAGUUAAAGGUGGUUAUCGUGGCCUGGAAUUCCUUGUCCGGAGAGUUACCGAGAAGGAUAUCAACUCCAUUACUGCAUUUGGAUUUGAAAAGCAACAAAUUAGGAGGGAUAUUACCGUUAAAGAUGCCGUCAUCGCUCCGUUACCUGUCGGUGUCGAGAAACAAGAUGUGGGGGCCACUCAACGGGCUAAAGUCUCUCUCAGAAUUAGUUUACCUCGACCUAAGCAUGAACCAAUUCAAUGGGCCCAUCCCUCCAUCCGUGUUCCGCCCUUCACUCGCUUCAUUGCUACUGCAACGGAACAAUUUAUCCGGUGGGGUCCCGUCUCGCCUGGUGGACCCACCAUCUUACGGUGAAGGAUCCAUCGUGGACUUGAGUCACAACUUCUUGAGCGGAGAAUUAUCUCCAGUUUUGGCUGGGGUGGAGAGUUUAUUCUUGAAUAACAACCUUUGGAUGGGGAAGGUGCCCAAGGAAUACGUGGACAGCAUCUGCCGCGGCAGCACCAAAACAUUGUACUUGCAACAUAAUUAUAUAGUGGAGUUUUCGUUGGAACCUGGACUGGCAUUGCCUGAUACGGCGUCGUUGUGCUUGUCUUACAAUUGCAUGGUUCCGCCAAUAGGGCCCACGGCCUGCCCCGCCAGUGCUGGCGGAGAGCUUUCUAGGCCUGAGGCGCAAUGCGCGGCAUUCAACCACAAGCAUUAAACCUUAAUUAUAAUCGCACCGCACAAUGACUGAAUGCUUUAAAUAUGCGUCAUGCCCAUAGCUUUUAUUUAUAGGACUAGUUCAUUUACUUUAGGAAUUUCCGCUAAUCCAUACAUCAACUUUUUCUCCUUCCUUGUUUAUAAAAUUCCCUCCUUUUAAAUUAUACGAAUAUUUUCUUCUA